CACCGAACACGUGCCAGAAACAAACACUAUAAAAUCUCCCGCGUCCCCAGAAAGAGUGUGACUGUAGACUUUCUUUUUCUUCCAUUCCAUUUCCCAUUGUUCGCAACGGUUUUCUGAUUUGUUUGGAUUGCGAGAAAAAAAGAAAAUGUCGAACGAUAUUGGAUUCUUCGACCUCAACACGGGCGCCAAGAUCCCUUCCGUCGGCUUGGGAACAUGGCAGUCCGAUCCUGGCCUCGUCGCUCAAGCCGUCGCUGCGGCCAUCAAGGUUGGUUACCGCCACAUUGAUUGUGCUCAAAUCUAUGGCAAUGAGAAAGAGAUUGGCUCUAUGUUGAAGAAGCUGUUUGAGGAGGGUGUAGUGAAGCGUGAGGAUUUGUGGAUUACAUCUAAACUAUGGAAUACUGAUCAUGCUCCAGAAGACGUACCACUGGCAUUGGACAGGACCUUGAAAGAUUUGCAGCUUGAUUAUGUAGAUUUGUAUCUUAUCCACUGGCCGACUUCAAUGAAGAAAGGAUCAGUUGGCUUUAAUCCUGAAAAUCUUGUGCAACCAAACAUACCUAACACAUGGAAGGCAAUGGAAGCACUCUAUGACUCCGGCAAGGCUCGGGCUAUAGGUGUAAGCAAUUUUUCCACCAAGAAGCUGGCAGAUUUGCUGGCAAUUGCUCGUGUUCCUCCUGCUGUCAACCAGGUGGAGUGUCAUCCUUCAUGGCAGCAGGACAAGCUGCAGGCUUUCUGCAAUUCCAAAGGAGUCCACCUCACUGGAUAUUCACCUUUGGGUUCCCCUGGAACAACCUAUUUUAAAAGUGAUGUCCUUAAGCACCCAAUUAUAAAUAUGGUUGCGGAGAAACUAGGCAAGACUCCUGCACAAGUAGCUCUUCGCUGGGGACUGCAAAUGGGCCAUAGUGUUCUUCCCAAGAGUACUAACGAAACACGGAUAAAGGAAAAUUUUGAUGUUUCUGGCUGGUCUAUACCUGAGGACUUCCUUGCUAAAUUUUCUGAGAUUCAACAGGCAAGAUUACUCAGGGGUACCACAUUUGUCCAUGAAACUUACGGUGCCUACAAAUCUGUCGAGGAAUUAUGGGAUGGUGAAAUCUAAGAAGUCUGUUCUGUAAAUUUGAUAAUUGAAUGGAUCGAGGAGUGAGAGUUCUGUGAAACUGUGAAUCAGUGUACUACUCCUUUGGUUAAGUUCACCCAAUACUGUUUGAUUGUUGACUUGAGCAAAUUUUGUUAAAUUCCUGGGUUGAUGAAACUUUGCAUCAUCACACUCAUCGACA